CAAGAAAAGAAAUAUAAAUAGAGAAGAAAAGAAGAAUUUUCAUUUCAUUUUCGCAAUCCUAAUGUUCUACGAAACCUUAUAAUUUCCUCCACCCUCAUCAGUGAUAUCCCAAAAUAACGAAGAAAUCCUUCUUUUAUCGUACCUUCUCUUCAUCAAGUUUCAUUUUGAAAGUAAAGCCAGUCACUAUAAUGGAGCUGAAGGUUGUGAAAGAUGCUUUUGAUCAUGUUACAAAGAAGCAAAAACUAUGUUACUCCAAAUGGAAUGAAACAAUAGACCGUUUAGGCCAAGAAUUUGAGCAGGCUAUAUCAAAGUUGCAAUCGGCUGAUGCUAGCACCUCCUACGUAGAUCAUAAAGCCAUACUUGCUGAUCUCAAGUCCAAGUUGAAGGAAAUAGCUAAUCUUGGCCAGAUAGAUUCCUGCCAAAAAGAGUUGAAUAGUGCACUAGCCAAGUACCCAAAACAGCUCGAAAAAAUUUUCAACCCUGAUAUAUCAAAAGCAUACCGAAAUGUUGAUUUUGAUGUCCACUUUAUUAACCAGAUCAUAGCCAGUCAUCUGUACCGGGAAGGCCUCUUCGAAGUGGGAGACUGCUUUGCCAAUGAAACUGAAGAGCAAGGAUCAACCGCCUUAAAAUCUCCUUUCAUCGAGAUGUACCAUGUUCUUCAAGCCAUGAAGUCUCAUAACUUGGAACCAGCUCUGAAAUGGGCCUCUGAUAACCAUGAGAAACUUAAGCAAAAUGGAUCGGACCUCGAAUUUAAACUUUAUAGGCUACAGUUUGUAGAAGUUCUGCAGAAUCAGGGUAGAGAUGAUGCCCUAAAAUACGGUAGAACUUAUUUUGAGUCAUUUUCAAAGACCCAUAUGGCUGAAAUCUCAAAGCUGAUGACAAGCAUUUUAUGGGCGGGUAAACUCGACACCUCUCCAUACUCUCAGCUUCUCGCUCCUAUCAAUUGGGAAAAGUUGGGUGAGGAAUUCACUAGGAACUUUUGUUACCUUUUGGGACAAUCAUUUGAGAGCCCACUGAGUUUGACUGUUGCUGCUGGAGUUCAAGGGCUUCCUACUCUUCUUAAGCUUAUGAAUGUGAUGAUGGGUAGGAAGCAGGAAUGGCAAUCGAUGAAGCAGCUUCCAGUCCCAAUUGAUCUUGAUAAGGAAUUCCAAUUCCACACAAUUUUUGUGUGCCCAGUAAGUCGAGAUCAAGCAACCGAGGAUAACCCUCCAAUGUUGAUGUCUUGUGGACAUGUUCUUUGCAAGCAGUCAAUAUCGAAGUUGUCGAAAAGCAGUACGAAGUCAUUUAAAUGUCCUUACUGUCCUUCUGAGAUUGACGCCACUCACUGUAAACAGUUAUAUUUCUGAAGAUGAUGAAUGAAUUUGGCUGUUCGUACUGUUUAGGCUCUCGCCUCUCAAUUUCAUUCUCCUUUUCUUUGUUUAUACACGCGAAACCUAGUAAGUUGCAUUUGU